AAGGGAGCUGGUGCAGAGAUGUGGCCUGUUUGCUGUGGAUCUUUUGUAGCAGGCCCUUUCCUUUUCUUUCACAAGGCCAGGAAUCAACAAGACUUGUGUAGACUGUCCUAGUCAUGCUAUUCAACUUUUAAAAUUCAUAUAACCAAGGAUGGCAGUAUUUGGUAUACACAGGUGUGUGUGUGUGUGUGUGUAAUGAAAUUGAUAUAGAUACUUUGAAAAUGACUUGGCAGUAGUAAUAAUGCUGAACAUGUGCCGUGAGAAUAAGAUCAGUCCCAGCUAUGUGCCCACUUGUGUGGGAGGUUGCACAGGAAUGAUGACAUGCACAAUGCAGAGACGCUCAACAUGUUUACCAGGAACUACCGCUUGUCCACCAAAUCUGUUCUCCCAAAACACAGCCUAGUAGGACACUGGCCAGACCCCUCAUUUCUUUCUUGUUGCUCUUUCAGCCCUUCAUAUGGCAAAUGAGUGAGUAGCCGGUAGUUUGUUGGAAUCUAUAGAAGUGAUGUGUGUGCUUUGAAGACUAUGUAAGAGAGGGAUGUAGCCAGGCGUAGUGGCACACACCCCUGGGGAGGCAGAGGCAGGCAGAUCUCUGGGAGUUCGAGGCCAUCCUGGUCUACAAAGUAAGUCCUGGACAGCCAAGGCUACACAGAGAAACCCUGUCUCAAAAAAAAAAAAAAAAAGGGAUGUAGCUCUGAUUAAUGGGUGACUAACAUGUAUAUGAGCCUGUUUCCCUAGCACUGGGGAGAACAUUCUCAUCUAGAUUCACUCCUGCUUUCUGGUGCCAUGAUGCAAGCUUUCCUGGCCUGCCACAUCCUUCAUGUCUGAUAGACUAAUACCUCCAAAGGUGUGCCUAAAUAAAUUCCUUUUAAUGGGAAAGGAGCACAGUAUACCAGGCAGUUCUUUCUGCUUGGCCAGUUAGGCGCAGUAGAGAAGAUGCUCCAUAGGAUAGACGUGUUCAAAACAGAAGUGAGUCAGCUUUUGAAGGAGGGCUAUUUGCUAUGCAAGAACUUCUCAGACUAGUAUGUGUGUUUCUUUUUUCUUUUUUAAAAUCUACUCCAAUUCAUUAUCUUUUCCAUCCUUCUAUAUGGAUAAAAUGUAAUAGUCACACAGUGGGAUACUAUCCUAGUUUGGUUUCUGUUGAUGUGCUGAACACAGUGACUGAAAGCAACGUGGGGAGGAAACGGUUUAUUCUAUUUACAGCUUUUAAUCCUUCGUGAGGGGAAGCCAGGACAGGAGCCAUGGUAGGAACCUGGCUGCAGAAACUGAAGCAAAAGGCCAUGGAGGACUGCUGCUUCCUUGUUCAUCAUGGUUUGCUCAGCUUGGAUUAUUUUAUUUUAUUUAUUUAUUUAUGCAAUUCAGGACCACUUAACCUGGGCUGGCCCCACCCACAAUGGGGACCCUCCCACCUCAAUUAUUAACUAAGAAAAUGUUCCUAAAGACUUGCCUAUAGGCCGUCCUGAUAGAGAUAUUUUCUUAGUUGAGAUUCCCUCUUUCCAGAUGACCUAAAGCUGUGUCAAGUUGACAAAAACCUAACCAGCACAAUUACUAUAUAUAUUACUAAGCCUCCAUCGGCCAUCCAUGCAAAACACUCAGAAAAUUAAAAGAAGUCAUUGCAAAAAAGAUUUCUAUACAACUCAGGAUUUCUUCUAUUCAUAGCAAGCGACACUGGGUGUGGUGGCACGUGCCUGUAAUUCUACAACUCCAAAGGCAGAGGCAGGCGGAUCUCUGAGUUCAAGGCCAGCCUGGUCUACAAAGAGUGUCCAGGACAGCCAAGGCUACACAGAGAAAUCCUGUCUUGAAAAACAACAACAAAAAUGUGUGUGUGUGUGACACAAGUAACAUUUAUAGUCCUGUUAAAAGACACCUGGAUGCUGGACAUGGUAAUAUGUAUAAUUUGAGUGAUUAAAUAUGUGUGUGUACGCAAGCACACGUGUGUGUUCAGGCUCCACCGUGAGCAUGUGGUGAUCAGAGGACAAUGUAUGGGAGUCAGUCCUCACCUUCCACCAUGUGGAUUUUAGGGCUCAAACUCAGAUUCAAGAAUAGUCACAAGGUCCUCGUGAUUGCCCCAAGCUGGCCAGGUGAAUGUAUCAGUCUGUCUGGGUGUGUCAGUCAAGACACAUUUGGCUCAAGAAAACCAUUAAAGAACUGUUACAAGGUGCAGUUCUGAAAGAGCACCUGUCACAGAGGGUGCAAAGUGCUGAUCCGAUACUGCAGUAACACCCACAUAUGGCCAGUUCCCCAAUUCCCAUGGAUAUUUCCUAAAGCCGCCGUGUGGGUUCUGUGCCCUGCAAGAGCAGCAAGUGCUCUCAGCCACUGACUCUCCAGCCCUUCAUUCACAUUAAAAAAGAAAAAGGUUUUGUUCUUUGUUCUCAUCUAUCCUAGGCUGGCCUUGGACUUGCUCUGCAGAAAGAGGAAAUCCUAGAAUCGCUGGUCCUCCUGCCUCCACCUCCAGGGUGUUGGGAUUACAGGUGUGUGUUACUACCCCAAGCAUUAUUUGGCACUAGAGCUUGUUCUCAGGAUUCUGUACACCAGGUAAGCACUCCGACAGCUGAGCUACAGCCCCAGCCCCUUUCAUUCACUUAAGCUUUAAAAAUGGUGUGGGUGUGUGUGGUUCCCACACCCUCUUCUGGUCUCCACGGGCAAGGCCAAGUGUGAAUACUGCCAAGCAGGUCUGUCUGCGCAUAAGCACAUAAAACGAAAUCUUUAAAAAAUGAAUGAGAAGAGAGAAAAACUGAGGGCAGGUGAAACAACAGAGGGAAAAUGGGGCUAGGGACAUAAUUUAGUGGUAGAAUCAUAACCUAGAUGGGUAAGCUCCUGGAGCCAAACCCCAUUCCUUUCCUGACAACACCUAGAGUGUGCAUUCUUUGCUUCUGCCUGAUUAUCUAUUUCAUGUGCUACACCUAUGUUCAACAUUCAACUCUCAGAUCAAAAGCUAGCUUGAUUAUCCACCGAACAGCAUCUCCAUAACUCUUAGUCAUCUCCUUACUUGCUUUCUGUUUGAAUACAGGUGUUUCUUUACACUUAUUUUUUUCAAGACUGGUUCUCUGUGUAGCCCUUGGCUGUCCUGUAACUCAGUCUGUAGACCAGGCUGGCCUCCAAUUCACAGAGCUGCCUGUUCCUGCCUCCCAAGUACUGGGAUUACAGGCCUUCGUCACCACUGCCCACCUUUGUUCAUUCCCAGAAUGUGGUAGGUCCUGCAGUAGAAAUUCUUCACUGUUAACUUGACAGCUUUCUCUGUAUUCAAGUCAAGGGUUCCUCUUAUGACCUGGCUUUGAAGAAGCUGUUCAUUUCAUCCUCAAGACAAGGUACAACCAAGACAGUUACACCAGCUGUGCAUUGGGCUUAUGCAGAAGCUAACUCUGACCCAAAAUAAGGUCCCAGGUUUCCCAGGGAAAAGAACUGGAGUGCUAGUCAAGUUACCCAGAAAGCAAACACGUGGACUCUCCACCCCAAAGACUCCUCUCCUCAGCUCUGACCUUCCUCCUGCCCCACGAGGCUCCUACUGAGUAGGUAGUCAUUUCUAAAAGGUAGUUCUGGGCUCCUGCCAUUCCCAAUACCAACAGACUCACAAUGAUCUUAGGUGAGGUCCCAUGAAGUUUCAGACUCAGCAGAAGUUGCAGUUCAGCCCCUCACCAUAGAGACACCAAAUCACUAGAGAGACUUCUGUGACAUUACAUGAGAUCACUGUGCAGGGAAAAUUUGACCCCAAUCUGAGUAAGAGGAUACAGUGGUAGGCAGGCCAUUGGGGUUUAUAUGGGUUUCAGCCUGAUCCUGCUAACUGAUGAUAGUGCCUGAGAAAUGGGAGGGUUGGACAAUUGAGAGGGUGUGUAGGGCGCCUGAAAGAGGAUUGGUGGUAACAGGAUUGGAUGUGUGAGAUUGGAUGUCUCACUCUCAGAAGUGAGACGAGAUGGAAUCCCAAGAGCAGGGCAACUGCAUUUCAAAAGACAGAAGUCCCAGGUCUGGGGACAAGUCCAGACAAUUUCCAAGGACUAAUUUAGUAGUUCAGACUAAGAACGUAUGUGAUGACAACUCUUGCUGUGCAAGGUUACAUCAUGUUGACCCCAAAGUAAAGACACCUUAUGAAAAUUGUGUUCCCCAAGAGCAGACACCUGGUACAAGUUCUUUGGCAAAGACCGUCAGUAAGCCCAAAAUACACCCUGAUAAACAUCUGAGUUCUGGAACCAGGUUAGCUCAGAGUCCGAAAGAUUCUUCCCAACCACCAACGUGUCUUUCUAUUCUAAGUGAAUUUUUCAAGCCAGAGAGGCUAACAAAAUUGGAGAGGAAAGUAGAAAGAAGGACAAUUAAGGCACUAGAGCUACUGAACAAAAAUAUAAAGGAGGCUCGGCUCCGGCAGGAAAGCCUGCUACAAAACAGCAGGUUUCUCCAAGAGCAGGGGCUCUAUCUAGAGAAUGAGAACAGAUCCAUUGUGGACUUUCUAAAAAAACGGAAUGAGCAUUGUAAAAAGAAACAUGAGGAUCACUGGAAUGAGUAUUCUCAGGAAUGUGGGGAGAUUAAGAGACAGAAGCAAGAACUGAUGUCCAAAUUUGCCCAGAAAAAUGCAGACCUUCAAACAGAGAUCUUGAAGAGGAAACGCACCCAGUUCGAGCUGGCGCAACAGAUUCAGUCACUGAAGCACAUUUCCUUGGUAAAGGAGAACCAGGAGAUGAGAAUCCAGGCAUUACAGAAGGAACUAGAGACCAUGAAAGCUGAGACAGCCUUUAAGGCCCAUCAGGCAUGCUUGGAAUUCCUGCAGCUUAAGGCGUGCCUCUACAGAGAGCUGCACAUACUAAAACUGCCUCAGGUGGGAGACUACACCUCCAGCGAGCUUAAGCACGAGGCCCAGACCUUAGAGUCCAUGGCUAAGAAGCUGAAUUCAGAGCUGAGUGUUAGCAUCAACAGAGAGUUCCAGGAGUUACAGAAGGAAGUGAUGAAUCUGGCUCAGAAACACUACAAGCUACAAUCUAUAAAGAGGAAGCUAGAGAAGUGGAAAAAGCAGCUGAAGGAAGAACAGUGGUAUCAAGAAGCCUUAGCUAGAGGGAGAGGACACCUUAAGGCAAAGAGUAAGAGACGUCCUGAGAAUAUGUCCCGAAGCCACGUUGGCCAUCCUUCAUGCACCAAAUCAAGAAUAAAGCCAAUGCAAUUUAUACGUCAGAGAAGUAAGAAUUGGAACUGCUAGACCCCGACAGUCUUGGUCUACUGGGGAGGCUGUUGAAUGGCCAGUGACACUGGACCAGCUUGAAAAUCACUUUGAGAUUUUGUCAUGAUUCUUACAUGUUCCCAUGGAAGACCACUAGAUAACACAGGGUCAUUGUUAUAAAAUAGGAUUCACAGUGCAAUAAAUCACAAUUCUGCCUCA